AUGAAUAUCGUUCUGAAAGAAAGUCAUAUUACGAAUCGCACUUCAACGACUUUGCGCUCGCAACUCUCUCUCUCCCUCUCUUCUCAGACUCCUCAAGAGAACAAAAAAACUGACUUCAUCUGCAUCUACGAAAAGCCAGCUACUUCGUGUAUCCGUAGUUUCGCUUUCUCUCGGUUUCCGGAGACGAAAUAGAAUUCGAUUUGAGAAAGAAGGAAAAGGAUGGGCCGAGUGUGCGUGAUUCUGAAACACCCCGAUGACAUUUACCCGCUGAUGAAGCUGAAGAUAGCUGCUCGGCACGCCGAGAAGCAGAUCCCUCCCGAACCACACUGGGCCUUUUGCUACAGCAUGCUCCACAAGGUCUCUCGUAGCUUCGCUCUCGUUAUUCAGCAGCUCCCUGCCGAGCUUCGCAACGCUGUAUGCAUAUUCUAUUUGGUUCUUCGGGCCCUUGAUACUGUUGAGGAUGAUACAAGCAUACCUACAGAUGUUAAAGUGCCUAUUUUGACAGCUUUUCAUCAUCACAUUUAUGAUUGCGACUGGCAUUUUUCUUGUGGUGCAAAGGACUACAAAGUUCUCAUGGACCAAUUUCACCUUGUAUCAACUGCUUUUCUGGAGCUUGGAAAGAGUUAUCAGGAGGCAAUUGAGGAUAUUACCAAAAGAAUGGGCGCAGGAAUGGCAAAAUUUAUAUGCAAGGAGGUAGAGACCAUUGAUGACUAUGAUGAAUACUGCCACUACGUAGCGGGACUUGUUGGACUAGGUUUGUCCAAGCUUUUUCAUGCCUCUGGGUCAGAAGAUUUGGCUUCAGAUUAUCUCUCAAAUUCAAUGGGUUUAUUUCUUCAGAAAACAAACAUAAUACGAGAUUAUCUUGAGGAUAUUAACGAGAUACCUAAGUCUUGCAUGUUUUGGCCUCGUGAGAUCUGGAGGAAGUAUGUUAACAAACUUGAGGACUUGAAAUAUGAGGAAAACUCUGAAAAGGCAGUGCAAUGUUUGAAUAACAUGGUCACCAAUGCUCUGAUGCAUGUAGAAGAUUGCUUGAAGUACAUGGCUGCCUUACGAGAUCCCUCAAUAUUUCGAUUUUGUGCUAUUCCCCAGAUCAUGGCAAUUGGAACACUGGCAUUGUGCUACAACAACAUUGAAGUCUUCCGAGGUGUAGUGAAAAUGAGGCGUGGUCUUACUGCCAAAGUCAUUGACCGAACAAAAAUGAUGGCUGAUGUCUAUGGUGCUUUCUUUGAUUUCUCUUGUUUGCUGAAAUCGAAGGUCAACAAGAGUGACCCUAAUGCAACAAGAACGUUGAGCAGGCUGGAAGCAGUACAGAAAACCUGCAGGGAUUCUGGAGUCCUUAACAACAGAAAAUCUUACAUAGUCAGGAGCGAGCCUAGAUACAAUUCUGCUCUUAUUGUUAUGCUGUUCAUUGUAUUGUCCAUCAUUUUUGCUUAUCUCAAUGCCAAACGACCAAACAAUUAAAGACUUCUCGAGUUUCCUGUCAGCAUGGUUGGCUUCCAAGUGCAUGCUUUGUUCGAUAAAACUCGAUUUAUGUUUGUGUUUAAUAUCAUAAAUAUAUAUUAUAUAUAUUAAGAAUGUAUAUCAACUAUAAAGAUUCCAAAUACAGUUCAUGUAGUUCCCAACCUCUUGGGAGAAAACCUUUAUCCUGUAGUUUCCAAAUUCGAUGAUACAUCAAAUGAGCCCCAGUUUAGUA